CUGUCUGCUGCAUCCUGUGCUGUUCAUAGAAGUGGAAGUUAUGUGGUUUCAGACUGAGCACUUGCUGUCCUGAGGAAGUACCACACAUUCGACUAGACUAUAUCCUCUCUAAAGAUGUGCUGCGCAUCAAUCCAUCUCCUCAUUGGUGCCUUAUUUGUCUUCGCUGUUGAAAAUGAGGCAACAACAACAUCAAUGAUAAGCAGCACAGAAAUCACCACUGCUCCAGUUUCAAUGGCUGUUGACACCACCACCCUAUUCUAUAAAACAUCAAAUGACUUUCCAGACAACAUUACCACUCCGAACUCCACUGUCGCCUUGUCAAACAUGACAGAUGGGAAUACUACAUCAGAUGGACAAUCAGAUUCACCUACGCCUCCGCCCCCAGAACAUCCGCAGACCAACAAUUACACCACAGACAAACCGCAAUCCAGCACAAAAACUAUGAUCAAAGGCACAACAAGCAGAACAACCACAACUCCAGCAAAAAAACCUCGCGCCACAAACAAUGGAUCAGCACUUUACAUAAUUAUCCUGAUUGUUGUUGUUUUGUGCCUCUCGGGGAUAGUAGUUUAUUGUUGCCUUCAAAAGAACUCCAGGAAGUACGCUGUGGACUUACAUCCCAAACAAGAUGCUCAGAUCCCACUCAGCACAGUGGAUAUAGAUGUGAUAGACACCACAUCAGUCAAAGAUAUUCAAACAUUCACUCCUGUCGAGUCCACCGUGCCGCUUCAAGACCCUGCGCCUGUGAAGGAAGCUGAAAAACCCGAGGGAGGAAAAGAAUCAGCUGAUGUUAAACAAGAAAACCAACAGAAUUUAUCCAGCACUCAGGCCACAGUGAACACAAAGGAUAAAAUGGAUGGGCUGGCCAUAGUGGAUCUGACUGAUGGAGAACUGACGACCUCCACCAAAACCUCAAUGGAAUCCCUAGAUGAUGUCCUAAAUGAAAACAAAAGCAACAAUACAGGAGCUGAAGUCAACGGCAAUGGGCAUGAAUUCACUGAAAUCUCUAUUGAUACUUUACCUCUAAAAUAAAUCAGCCUCUUCCCAACAUUUUACAAUGAAUACAUAAGUUGGAACAUCGAGGAUGAUGAAUGGUAAAACAGUAAAUGGUAACAGACUUAAUUUUUUGGGCAACCUAUUAUUUUAAAGGUGUGCAAAAUCUGUUUCUGUUGAAACUGAUGUAUCUUGUAUUAAAGACACUCAAUAACAGGUAUCGUAAACAUUACAGAGAUGAACAUUAAAGGCCAUUUAGCAAUAAGACUUGGGGAAUUUGGGUUUAGGUUGUUGGAAAUGUGUGUUUAUAUAUUUAGCUACUUUAUUCCCUCUCAUAUUUCUUAAGCUUCUCUGAUUCACCCUCAGUGAGAAAUCAUGAAAGGGUUUUUUAUGUUGAGACCAUACCCAUACGCCCACCUGUUCAAAGACCAUGCAACCUGUAUUUGUGUAUUUUUUUAAUCAGUUACACUGACAUUGUUUUAAUCUUUUUAAUUUAGUUGAUGGCAGUUUGUAAUCCUAACAAAAAUGUAAGCCAAAAAGAAAAAAAAAGCAUAACGUUCUCUCUUACUGGAUACUUAUUGUGCUGUUGUCAGACUCAAAGUAAGUGGCUGUCAGACUCAAAGUUCAUCUAUAUUUUGUCCUUCUCAAGCUGUCAUUUCACUUAGGCUUUUUUUAUCCAUCCUGUGCUACUCACACUUCUUGGGUGACUUCACAAGCAGUGAAGUCAUUUAAGUGGGGUGCUAAUUAGUUCAUGGCAAACAUACAUAGAUAUUUCAAAACAUCCUGUGAGUAUCUUGGAACUUCUGUGUAUAACUUUCUUCAUAAGAAAACUUAGGUUUUCUUUCAUUCUUGUAUUUCAUUUGAUAUACAGUAUAUAUGCACUAUACAGUAUAUAUAUGGGUGUGUGUGUGUGUGUGUGUGUGUGUGUGUGUGUGUGUGUGUGUGUGUGUGUGUGUGUGUGUGCGCGUGCGUGUGUGCGUGUGUGUGUGUGUUUAUGUUGCUAUUACUAGUUUUGUGGCAAGGUUUACAAGGUAGGAAAGAUAUAUUUUCUAACAAAAACAAGACUGCAAUUCUUUAAAACGCAAUAAACACUCACCAGCUGCUCUGAACAACAAAGACAAGUUUGACCACCAUUAAAGUAUGGUCAGAAGUGCACAGAAGGGAAUAUUUCAUGGGAUCUGAGUUCCAUAUGUGGACUCUUAAUAUUCCUAAAGUUAAAUAAUCACUAUUAAACAAUUAAAUAUAUACAUCAUCUAUGUAUGUAUAUAUAUAUAUAUAUAUAUAUAUAUACAGUUUGUUGCACAGAGGUGACAUUAAUACACUUAAAGGUAUGAUUCACUAAAACAAUGUAAGUUUUAUUUUGAAAUUUUCCCUUUAAACAGGAAUCAUGGGACACAGUGAGCAUAACUGACAACAUAUGCGGUCAUCUAAGCACAAUAAACUGUUUUUCUUUAUAAGCAAAAUGGUCAUAAAUUGUACAUUUGUAAACAUCUGCCACAUUCCUUAGUGUGGGAUUGACAGGACAUCUUUCUAACAACAUAGACUCUUUUAACUGCUUGUAAAAGGAAAGUUUUCACAAGCCAGCUUUGGCAUGAUGCACAGAGGUGGCUGGAAGUACAGUUUAUGUCACAUAAUAAUUAUUAUUAUUAUUUAUAAUUUAUUAAAAUAUCCUUUUAUUCAGUAAAUUGCAGAAGCUUCCUUAGUUAUUUAUGUUCAGCUGUCAGUAUUAACUGAGAAUAGAACAAACUCAGUGACUCAAAGUAAAAAUAAAGUUUCAAUAAAAUGAAAUAAAAUGGCAAUUGCAUGAGACUGAAGUUGCGACUUUAUGAUAUUAAAUCACACUGUGACAUGCAAAGUUACAUUGUGAGCGCCAAUUAUGAGAAAUAGUAGUAAUUCAUGAUUAUUCAUGUUACAAGAUAUAUUUGUGACUGGAGAAAAAGUGUUUGAUUGAUGUUCACAAGUGGUUGAUCUUGUUGUCCUGUCAGAAGAGAUGAAUUACAAAUUAUAUAUGUCUAUCUCAAUUAGGAAACUGCAACAACUGCUUUACACCCUAUCUGUUGCACUUCAAGUUUAGUUGGUUAUCUAGAAUAGAAAGGGACAAAAAGGUACUGAGAAAUAAAUUUAAACUGUCUCUACAAACCUGCCCUAACAGUUCUGAUAUAAUUAGAGAUUCCACUUCAGUUUAACAGGUUGUAGCUCUUGGAUUAGUCCAUUGGUUUUGUCUUGAUACAUCUUUAAAGGAAUGUCUUGUCUUCCAGUUAGCUGCUUUCUUCUCUCUAUGAAAUGAGGGGUUGGGAGAUUGUUAUCUCACGAUCAAUUUACUAUGUACCCCAGCUAAGCCUAAUGAAUCUGUUCUGAUGUGUAGUCCACUCAUGCCUUUGAGCAAGCCUAUAAAGAAAGCAGUUGUGUUAAAGUGGAUAACAAGCAGCUUUUCUGUUGAUAAAUGAGUGGCCAUUCACAAAAUUCAAUACAGAUGUCAUUGCAAGCCAUUGUGUCAACAAGCCUACAGGUUACACAAAACAUGAAGCUUAUUAGUUUUCCAUGAAUGUGAGCAUGUCUGUAAACGAAAUAAAUAAAAAUGAAAUAAUCCAAAUAUAUUAUAUAUCAGCAGCAUGCAUUUACUGUAUAUCAGUAUGCCAUGCUUUUUCACAAAUCACAUCAAGUGCUCUUCUUCUGAUGUUUUAGCUUGAGGUGUUAUGUCAAAGGCUAAAUGCAUAUAGGAGGUUAUGAGCUGGCUUUACAGCUCAUGGGAAAAAAGUAAAGUAAAUAUGAUCAUUUUGGAGCCUAUUUUCUUUUAUUAGCAAGAUAAAUGUCCCAUGAUGUAUGUCGAUGUAUUAAAUAAAUGUGAACAUAUUAUAUUUAAUUAUAAUAAUUCAUUAUAAUAAUUUAUAUAUAUAUAUAUAUAUAUAUAUAUAUAUAUAUAGCCUGCACAAUUGACAAAAUUAUUAUAAUAUUAUUAUAUUGCUAUUAUCACAAUUUAUAUUGAGUGAUGUUUAACAUUGUUUGUUGCAACUGCAUGCCGUAUUUUUAUAUGAAAAUAAAGUUGUAAACCCUCUAACUGAAAUUCUUCAGUUCUUUUCUAUAGUAUUAAGCCUCAGAUGUGAAAUAUACAACAUUUCGUAAGCAUGCAGAACAACAUAAGUGGACUUUGAACGAUUAAUUGCCGCUUUGAACGAUUACAUAAUUGUGGCAUCCAUAAUUGUAAUUGCGAUUAGAAAUUUGAUUAAUUGUGCAGCCCUAAUAUAUAUACAUGUGUAUAAUUGUUAUAUAUAUAUAAAUAUAAUUGUAAUAAUAUGUAAUUGCUAUUAAAAACAAUAUCAACUCUCUGUUUUACAGCUCUCUGAACAAGACUGAUGGAUUUUUUUAAA